UGUACAGCCCAAACCUCAUAGUGGACGACGCCCCUCCCGCGCAGCAGGUGGCGCUGUCUGGUUGCGAAAAGAAAAUAAACAGAAGAGGAGCGCGACAGAUUAUCUUGAUCGCUAGUUGGCAGCACGGCUCGGCGGUCUAACGUGAACUUGUCAGAGAGAGGAUGCCUGCAGCAGAGGAAUCUAAUGGUGUCAACAAAGUUGUGGACAACAUCUGCCAGCUUUCUCCACAUCUGUUGACGGAAGCAUGUCAGCACAUUCUGACUUAUCUUCAAGGGCAAACCGGGGGAGUGGAUUCAGCUGAAAUUUCUGACAGAUUUCAGAGAGCUGGAGUCCGACUUGAACAUGAAGCUCUGCAGAACAUGAUCAGAUUUCUCCUGUUAACAUUCAGGUCCGCUGGGAAGAGCGGCCUCUCUGGGGAUGACCUCGUGUCCAGGCUGGAGGAAGGCGGCAACAAGUGGCCAAAGGCUUCCCUUCAGGUGUUGCACAAGCUGUGGAGUGACCAUGGUGCAUUGGUCCAUGCCCAGCAGGAGGUCCAGGCCAUGCUCAGCAUUGGCCAGUUAGUGGACAUGCAGUGGAAGCUGGGCGUGGCAGUGAGCUCCGACACCUGCCGAUCGCUCAACUCGCCGUACGUGUCUCUGCUGCUGAAGAUCGUCGAGCCCCCCGGACAGAUUUGUCACAGAUCUUUUGAGAUGACCGUUCCACAGUUCCAGAACUUUCACAAGCAGCUCAAGGAGAUGGCUGCUGUUAUGGAGACAGUGUGAUUGGGGCCAGUGCACCUAAGUGCUUGGGGGAAAUCCCCCCCCCCCCCCCCCAGUACAUGUGACCAUCAUGUGACCAUCAGAAGGACAUGUGCUUGACACGUGUGUGCGGGUCUUUUAGUUGUCCCAGAAUGUGGAAAAAAAUGACUGCACAUGACCAUUGUCUGCCUUACACAUCUGUUUUCCCACAGAUUGUAUCACCGUCUAAAUUACUUUUCAGGACAUCUGUUCCAAUAGUUGAAAAUUCUUUUCUCUUCUUUUAAUGCCAACAUCAAGUGUACUUCCUCACAUUAACCUGAAAUAGGCAAUGAAUCCCUCCUAAAGUUACUACGAGGAACUUUCAUUUUGUGUUGAAUUUGGCGGCCCCUGUGGACAAAAGUGGUAGUGUUCACAAGGACCAGAUUGCCUUUAGAAAACCCAGCAUUUUACUUCAUGAGGGGUCUGUCAGUCUAGUAGUGGGCACAAACGCAGACAGCUGGAGCAACAGAACUUUAUUCCUGGAUUGUUUAAUGAUGCUGAGGUUCUAAAGCACGAAUUAAAAACUCUCAUACCUCAAACACAAGUCUGCGUGUUUGAGCAGCGUUUCCUGAUUUGGCAACAAAGGCAUCCUAGAGGCGAGUGUGCACUUGACAACACAGACACGCAGUCGUGCACACACAGCAGAGGAGAACUACGGCCGCUUUGUAUGUGUCAAACCCGACACCCUGUCUGCGCUUACCCCCCCGAGCACAGCAAAAUCAGAUCCAGGCCCGAAGACAGUGGGUUAUAAGUGAUGAUCCAGAGGGAAUAAUUGUGUAAUGGUACAAAACGCUGUGGAAUGGUAUUGCAUCAAAAUGGUUAUAGGUAUUUUGAUUUGUUACUCUAGCAGUGGAGUGGGUGGACAAAAUGAUUUUAACUGCCAGUAUAACGUAGUACAAUACACACACACACACACAAACACACACACCAUUUCCAAACCAAACCUGAACUCUUUAAUAGGAUGUAAUGAAUGCCCGGGAGACUGCAUUGGCUCUGUGUAACUAUGUUGUACUUUGAGGGUUUACAGAAUCAAAAUACGUUGCCCCAGGGAACAUGAGGUGUGUUUUUUUUCUACGGCGAUAGAGUGGGAUUAUCCCACUUUAUUGCAUCCUUUUUACAACAUGGUGUUGU